AUGGGCCAGGUUGGCGGCCGGGAGAAGCUCGAUGAAAUUUAUUUUGUGCAGAAGGUGAAGCUGGGACAGGGAAGCUUCGGCACAGUGUGGCGAGCGAAGCACCGCAAGAGUGGCAUAACAGUCGCCAUCAAGCAGAUGGACAAAGCUAGCAUGCCAAAACGUGGAGUUAAGCGCCAGGACAUCGAGAGGGAGGUGACCAUGAUGAAGGCGUGCUCGCACGAGUACAUCACGAAGUUGUAUGAUACCUUCGAGGACCAGACCAGCAUCUACCUGGCCCUGGAGUACUGUGACGGAGGUGACUUUGGUGACAAGGUCCGAGAGCUUGGACCUGUCAUCAAAGAAGAAGAUACCGCUGAAUGGAUGCGGCAAAUGUGCGAAGCUCUGAACCAUCUGCACGUCAAAGGCAUAUGCCACCGGGACAUCAAGCCCGACAACUUCAUGGUUUUGGGGGACUCCACGUUGAAGUUGUCGGACUUUGGCCUGGCAGUGCACUUACCCCAAGGCGGCAUCCUCACUGACAAAUGUGGAACGCCCGCCUUCAUGGCGCCGGAGCAGCAUAUGAUGCCAGUUCACAGCCGUGGCUAUGGCUUUCCGGUGGACAUGUGGGCUGCUGGCGUGUCCAUGUACAUGAUAAUCUUCGGUGGAAGGCAUCCUUUCCUAAACCGGAGGAAUGAGCUGGACCAAAGGCAAAUGCUGGAGGGAAAGCUCGACUUCACGGACACCUCCUCGGUUGCAGCACAAGGUCUGGGUCUCUUUGGUCUCGGCGAGACGAUCCAGAAGUUCUCAGAGCCUGCAAGGUCCUUCUGCAAGCAGUUGGUGCAGGUCAAUCAGGCAUCGCGGCUCACCGCCAGCAAUGCGCUGAGGAUGGCAUGGCUGAAUUCUGGAAGGCGGGUGGCAGAGCAGAAGAGGAAGCUUACCGAAGGAAGUCCCAGCAAUGCCGAGGCUGCUGGCCGCGGAGACUCGCGGCCACGUGCAGGCUCGGCGCGAGGGGAUGCGCCAAGCCCCAUGGGCUACCCACAGGGCGAUGGCCGCACGCCAAAGGGCACCGGAAAGGGCCCAUCAGAGAGGUUUGGAAUGGAGGCGCCUAAGGCGCCUCAGCCCGGCUUGCCUCCAAGAGGCGAUGCGCCAAACGGCCAAAGCGAAUCAGUGCAGAUUCGACGAGAGUUGGAAAAGGAAAACGAGAAGCUGAAGCAAUCACAGGCUCAACUUGAAGCCCAGCUUGCUGAGGUGAAAAAGCAAAACAAGGACUUUCGGACUCAGCGGACAAAGGAAAUCGCGGCCCAGGAGGUGCCACGAGAAGCCGUACAACGAGAGUCCCCGGUAACGCUGAUGGCCUCAACAGCGCCACGACUGCUGCCGCCAGGCACAAAAUGCCGAUACGAGCCGACUUCGUCGACACAGUAUCCUUUCUUACCUGCUGUCAUACAGGGCUUCAAUGACCUUGACUGCACGUACAACCUGGAUGUGCGGCCCCACGCGCAGCCUUCGCGAAUUUCUCCAGCGAAGGAGAUCACAGCAGAACAGGCAUGGCCUCGCGGGACUCUGGUGAACUACUUCAGUCAGCAGCGGGAGCAACAGGGUGCUGGACAGUCCUCUAUGCCUGCUGUCGUGAAGUCUUUCAAUGAAAUGGACCAGACAUACAACCUAGACAUCCGCGAUCAUGCUGAUUGCGACCGAAUUCGAGUGCGUGCCAUCCCGAAGGAGGCAGCGGAGGCUGCGGACCCCGGGCUCACCUCGGCCAUGAUGAGGCCGGCCCUCGAGAAGCGAAAUACGAAGAAGCUCGACAGCCAGGAGGCCGGAAAGCUUGCAGAGGAGGUGCUCGAGACCGACGCAGCGGCUGCAGAUGCCGAGGUGCAAGUACUUGGCAGACAUGCGCGCAUUGGCCAAGGCUUCUGGUGCCACAUCCCCGAGCAUGAUCUGUUUGCCCCUGUCGUGGCCGUCCGCGGUGGCAUCGCGGAGCUUGACAUCAGCGGGAGCAUGACAGAGCUGAAGCUCGAGGCUUUGCGAGCACCGAAGGAAGAAAGGCUGGCUUGGCCAAAGGGCACGGAGGUGAUGUACUACAGCGGCUCCCUGUGCAAGUGGAUCAUUGCGCACAUCGAGGGCUUCAAUCGUGCCAAUUGUACUUACAACCUGGAUGUGCGCCAAGAGGCUGAUCCAGAAAAGGUCAGACCCCGCUAG